GAGGCGGGACCGGCCGCACGUGUUAACAACAUAAAGCAGCGGGGCCGAUGGAUGUUGUGCACGCGUCCUGAUGGUCGGAGAGGAUCUUAUGAAACACGCGGGACGUAGCUGAUCAACGUCGGACAGAAGAGCGAGCAGAGCAGCCAUCAUGGAAGUAAAUUAUGUCAAGACUCAUGACCAUGACCUGGUGCCACACAAAGGCUUCAAGUUGAUCAAUGGGACUCAUGAUCCAGAUGAUGUGGACCAGAUUUACAACCUGGAGAUCCGAGACUCUGAUGUGUUUGUCGUCACAUACCCAAAAUCAGGGACCAUCUGGAUGCAGCAGAUCGUGCUCCUCCUUGAGGCAAAGGGAGAUCUGACAGCCAUCAGUAAGCUCAGCAAAAACUCCAAUGCUGAUCUCAUCCCCUGGAUCGAGGUGAAUGGCAACAGAGAGACGUUUAUCAAUGCCCCGUCGCCAAGGAUGAGAGUCAGCCAUCUGCCGUUCCAGUUCAUGCCUUCCGCUCUGAGCCAGAAGAAGGGCAAGGUAAUCUACGUGGCAAGAAAUCCCAAAGAUGUCAUUGUGUCUUACUUCUACUUCCAUAAGCUUGCAAACAUGUUGGAAACUCCAAAGGAUUUCGACGACUUCUUUGAAAAAUUCAUGAGAGGAAACGUGUUUGGUUGCAGCUGGUUUGAGCACAUUAAGAUGUGGCACUCCCACCAGGAUGAUAUGAACAUGCUGUUCAUCACUUAUGAAGAGAUGAUUCAAGACCUGCAUUCAGUAGUGGAGAGGAUUGCCUUGUUCCUGGGUAAAGAGCUGACUGACGAGCAGAUGGCCAAUGUGGUGAAACACAGCACCUUCAACAACAUGAAGAAGAUCCCACAGGCCAACUAUGAGCAGGUGCCAGGUGAACUGCUCAGCCACCACCAGGGGAGAUUCAUGAGGAAGGGCACCAUCGGUGACUGGAAGAAUCACUUCACUGUGGCCCAGAACGAGAUGUUUGACGAGGUCUUCCACAGAGAGAUGGCGGACAUUCCUCUGGUUUUUAUCUGGGACAUCAGGGACAUUGAGUGAUCAGUUGUUGGUCGCAUGACAACACUAAGAAAAAGAUAGUCACGGUUGCAGCUUCAUGAACAUCAAUCUACACAGAUAAAAAAACAAAACAUUAUUCAGGUCAGCUUCUCUUUCCCCCUGACAUACCAGAGGCUCCACUUUACUGCAGUUUUCCAAAUUGUUUCCUUCAUUCCAGGCACCCAUUGGUGUCCAUCCAUUUUAGCACACUUUAAAAGAUCUGCAAAGCUGCAUUGAGGACAGUAAUUGUAGUGGUUGGAUGUAGCAGAAUUUAUUUUAUAAUGAUCAUCCAAUAGAAAUGUAGUGAUUGCAAAGUAGUAAGCCUUUUGGUUUUGUGGUCAUAAACAAUUUAACUUCAACCAUUGCCUGACUAUCCGGGUCCAUUAACAUAUUUUUAUACUUUUUUGAAGGUUUUCGCUUUAGAAAAGCUUCUUAAUUGUGCAUAAAAAAGAUUUAAGCUGGUUUGAGGUGUCCAAAAAGAUUUGACGGCUAAAUGUGAUAUGGGAACGCCUUUGCAUAAUAAGCUCUGAUCUAGCAAACAGUAAACUCACACAACCGAUCUGCCGGAAGGCGGAAACAGCAGAUCAGUUGUGCACUAGAAUCGUGGCAUUACAUUUUUCUUCGUGGCCAAUUUUAGCUGUUGACUUGAAAGAACAAUUCAAACAAAUUGCUGAAUAGAUACAAAUUCCUGAAGACCUCUCCCAAUUUAUCUCUUGUCCAAUUCUCAACCUCUUCUAAUCAGUUUACUGGCGGGCUACAGCAAUGCAAAAAGUCAAGCCUAUAUUGACAACUUCUUGACAAAACUACGGUUUGCAUAGUAAAGUUUAUUCGGCCCAAAUCAUUUGAAGGAAACCCACUUAAUUCGCAUUACAAUUGAAACAGGCUGCUGUUACCGUCAGUCUGCAAUGUAGAGAAUUUACAGCUUCUGGGUCAGGUACCGUAUUUUCCGCACUAUAGGGCGCACUGGAUUAUAAGGCGCACUGUCAAUGAAUGGUCUAUUUUCUAUCUUUUUUCAUAUAUAAGGCGCACCGGACUAUAAGGCGCAUUAAGCGAAACAAAACAGUCAGUCAGUCAAACUUUCUCCACUUCCGUACCAUUGAUUCAUUAAUGUUGAAUUCUCUCGCAGCUGCUCUAUUCCCAUGUUCUACUGCGUGAUUGACAGCCUUGAGUUUGAAGUCCGCGUCGUCAGCGUGUCUCUUGACAGGUGCCAUGUUGGGUCCUUAUCCACACACACUGUAAUAUUAUGGUGAAGCACAGUAUGUAUUACUCCGCGACGCUCCUGACUAUGGUAGCCGUAAUGCUGCUGCGGUGCGGCUUUGUAGUUUACCAAAGUCGUACUAUGUAGUGACCACUCACUAGCAGGACAAUAUUGGUUAGAAUUCACAGCGAGCUAGCCUUGUUGACGUUAUAUUUACUUGUUAGGUUUAUUCAACUACAUUACCCAUGACCGUUAGCGGGUUGAUGAGGUUAAUGAUGUGGGAUCGGGGAGCGCUUGUUGUGUUGUCAGAGCGAAUGCAGAGUGUGAAAUAAAGCCGACGUUUAUUUACUCCGUCCACAAAAAGCCUUUCUCAGCCCUUUUGUUUCCCACACUCCUACAACUAAAACAUUUUGACAGAGCGCCGUGUACCACACAAAAUCGCUUCGAGGUCAGUAAGCACAACCAGAAUUAAUCCAUAUAUAAGGCGCUCCGGAUUAUAAGGCGCACUGUCGUUUUUUGAGAAAAUUAAAGGCUUUUAAGUGCGCCUUAUAGUGCGGAAAAUACGGUAAUUCCUCACAGGGAGCAUUCUGUUUGUCAUGGUUAAACCAUUGUCGCUUUCCAAUGCAGUGCACAACCUAGAAAUCAAUCUUCACUCACAACUCUUUCACCAUGGAACAAUUACUUUGACGGAAAGCCAGCUUUCUUUUCACUGUUCAUAUCAAGCAGUUUGAAUGUAUAUGCAUGUAUCGUUUUCUACCGUAGCGAAAAAGAAGGCUACUUUGAUUGUUAAACUUGUGAAAACAUUGACAUGUUCUAUGGCCUUCUAUCGCUGUUGAAUAUAUAUAUAUAUAGCAUGAUUUAUGAUACUGAUGGUUGCAAAAAAUAUGAAAAAUGUUUAAAGCGUAUUGUCUCAGUGGACCACACUUAUCUGUUCUGUCUGCUACAUCAAGUGCUUCUGUAAUGUUUGAUUGAAUGAAUACGAACACAUUUGUAGGCCCCCCGUCUAGGUUGAUUUUUCACUACAUGGCUGCAAAUGUCUUAAAGGGGCAUGCAAAUCAAAAGAGAAUUAGUCUAAGCAGAAACAAAAGUGAAGCAGUUGUUGAUCACUUGUGGCCCCUACUGGUCGGUUAAGAGUAGUGAGGAUUCAGCAGUCAAUGACGGUAUAAAACUUUCAAUAAAAUAUGUUUCCAAAAAGUGUAAAUCACUGCAACCACGAGGGGCCCACAGUCAUAAAUGAAAUUUGAUAUAUACGAGAUGCUUACACAACCACGCACGCACACACACCGCCGAUUGAAUACAUGAUCUCCUGGCGGAGAUUAUAACAAUUUUAAUCACCUUGUAGAGCAGGAGGAGCGUUUUUUCAGCGCAGAGCAGCAGAAACAGGGACAAGCACCUCAGAUUAUGGCCGUCAGGUGUGAAGACAAAAAAACGACAUUCCGCCCAGAAAGACAAAUGAUUGUAUCCGUGCCACACAAUUGAUUUCAAAUGUUAUUAAAGUUUAUAUGAAAGAAAUACUGUAAAUACAGAUUGCAAAAUGCCUUCAUUAUUUUUGUACAUUGACUGUACUGUUGCCAUGUUUAAAUUAUCAUUAUUCAGUAAAGUGAAAGGUGCACAAGAAGUUGUUUGGGACUGGAAACAAAGUUUAGGACUUGUUAUGGACUUCACUGCCAUGACUUGUGACUUGCAAAACAAUGACUUUGUCCUACCUUCUGCAACUGGUUGAUUUUAACUUUAACGUCUCUCUAAAUCCUUCAUUAGCACGCAUAUUGUACAACAUUAAGGAUCACUUUGAUAUAUUCAUGUAGAAAAAAUGGAACUGUUUGUACAAAUCCAUGUUGUGAUGUAACAAUAUGAUGUCUGAACGAUAGAGUUUAAGUGGAAAUCAGGAUUCUCCUCUUACCAUGUGAAGGGUAGAAAGUUGAAGGCUGUACCCAGAAUGAAAAUACUGUGUGAAAUAAAACUUGCUUUGUUUUAUAUCUAUAUAUAUGUAUGUAUUUUGAGCUAUUACAUUCCCUGUAACAAACCCUCCAUACUGUUUACAUUGUUAUCAGCAGUAAAUUGCAUUAUUCAGACACUUGUGAAUCUUCAUCCUUUUCCUCUAUGACUGACUGGUUUGCUGAAGUAUAACUAUGUAUUCUUUUUACAGUUUAUUAAAAGUGAAACAUUGCAUUGUUGGGUUUUUAACUUAACAGUGCACAUGCCAUG